GUGGUUGCCGUGGUGACCGGCGGCCCUGCGGUCGCCAGGUAACGGUGGCGGCUGUGUGGGCUACGCGGUGCUGGCGGCUGAGGCCGCGGAGAUCCUGGCCCGAGCCCACGCCGGGCUCUGUGGGUCUGAGCUGCGAUAGCUGCGGCGGCAGCAGUGAUCCCGCCGACGGGCUUGGAGGAUGGGGUGUCUCGGGCUCGCGGGGAAGGCGCAGGGGAGGCGGUGGUGGAGCGCGGGCCCGGCGCGGCCUACCACAUGUUCGUGGUGAUGGAGGACCUGGUGGAGAAGCUGAAACUGCUCCGCUACGAGGAAGAGCUCCUCCGAAAGAGCAAUCUGAAGCCCCCGUCCAGACACUACUUUGCUCUGCCUACCAACCCAGGUGAGCAGUUCUACAUGUUUUGCACUCUUGCUGCUUGGCUGAUCAACAAAACAGGGCGUACCUUUGAGCAGCCUCAAGAAUACGACGAUCCCAAUGCAACUAUAUCUAACAUACUCUCCGAGCUUCGCUCAUUUGGGAGGACUGCAGAUUUUCCUCCUUCAAAACUAAAGUCUGGUUAUGGAGAACAUGUAUGCUAUGUUCUUGAUUGUUUAGCUGAAGAAGCAUUAAAAUAUAUUGGUUUCACUUGGAAAAGGCCAUCAUAUCCAGUGGAAGAAUUAGAAGAAGAAACUGUCCCGGAAGAUGAUGCAGAAUUAACAUUGAGUAAAGUGGAUGAAGAAUUUGUGGAAGAGGAGACAGAUAAUGAAGAAAACUUCAUUGAUCUCAACGUUUUAAAGGCCCAGACCUAUCGCUUGGACACAAACGAGUCUGCCAAACAAGAAGAUAUUUUGGAGUCUACGACAGAUGCUGCGGAAUGGAGUCUAGAAGUCGAGCGUGUACUACCGCAACUGAAAGUCACGAUCAGGACUGACAAUAAG